CCGCCGGCACCGGGACUGCCCCGCCGCUCCGCCCGCCCCCGGGCCCGGAAGGAGGAAGCGGCCGUGGGGGGGCCGCUGCUUGGGCGGGGAGCGGCUGCUGCUCUGGGCGAGGCCUCGCAGCCGGCGGCGCUGAGCGGCAGCUCGGCCCAGUGCUGCCAACCGCAAGAGCUGUCCUUGUGUCCCCGUUACACGAUCCAAGGAGUUCAGAAUUUCGAGACGCACUGAAGAAACAAAGACACACUGAAGAAACAUGGAUGUGAAGAGUAGGAAUUAUUUACUUAUGAAUCGUCAAGCUCUGGAGAGAGACAUCAAGACCUCUUAUAUUAUGGAUCAUAUGGUAGCUGACCAAGUACUAACAAUAGAGGAGGAAGAGAAAGUGAAACAACAGAACACACAGAAGGAGCGAGCAGCUAUGCUAAUAAACAUUAUUCUUACAAAAGAUAAUAAUUCAUAUAGAUCCUUUUAUAAUGCACUGCUUCAUGAAGGGUACAGAGAUCUUGCUGCACUUCUUCAGGAUGGCAUUCCUGUCUUCUCUGGUAAUGGAAAGAGUUCUGUUGAUGGAAUGACUUCUUACGUUAAGACAGUUCUCUGUGAAGGAGGAGUACCACAAAGACCGGUUGUGUUUGUCACUCGGCCAGAACUGGUAGAUGCUAUUAAACAGAAACUGCGCAGCUUGGGAAGUGAUCCAGGCUGGGUCACGGUUUACGGAAUGGCAGGCUGUGGGAAGACUGUUUUAACAGCAGAAGCUUUAAGGGAUCACCAGCUCUUGGAAGAUUACUUUCCAGGAGGAGUUCACUGGAUCUCUGUUGGAAAACAGGACAAAGCAGGGCUCCUUAUAAAACUACAAAAUCUCUGUAGUAGAUUAGAACACGACUCUACUCUUUCACAGAGACCACCACUUAACAUUGAGGAGGCUAAAGAUCGUCUUCGUUUGCUAAUGCUGCGCAAAUAUCCCAGGUCUCUUUUGGUCCUGGACGAUAUUUGGGAUUCCUGGGUAUUAAAAGCAUUUGAUAAUCAAUGUCAAGUUCUUAUUACCAGCCGGGACAGGAGUGUAACGGAUGCUGUGUCUGGCAAUAAAUAUGAGAUUCAUGUAGAAAGUGGACUUGCACAUGAGAAAGGGCUGGAGGUUUUAUCCCUGUUUGUGAAUAUGAAAAUACCAGAACUGCCAGAACAAGCUAACUGCAUUAUAAGAGAAUGCAAAGGUUCUCCUCUUGUGAUAUCCUUGAUAGGCGCAUUAUUGCGAGACUUCCCCAGUCGCUGGGAGUACUAUCUCAAACAGCUGCAGAACAAGCAAUUUAAAAGAAUAAGAAAAUCUUCGUCUUAUGAUUAUGAAGCCCUUGAUGAAGCAAUGUCCAUAAGUGUUGAGCAACUGGAUAAUGAUUUUAAAGACUACUAUAAAGACCUCUCUAUUCUUCCAAAAGAUGUUAAAGUACCUACUAAGGUGCUCUGUAUUCUUUGGGAUAUGGAAACCGAAGAAGUCGAAGAUAUACUGCAGGAGUUUGUUAACAAAUCACUAUUGUUCUGUGAUCGUAAUGGGAAGUCAUUUCAUUAUUAUUUACAUGAUCUUCAACUUGACUUUCUUACAGAGAAGAAUCGCAACCAGCUUCAGGAGCUACAUAAAAACAUAGUAAAUCAGUACAAGAAACAUUACAAGCUUAACAUGCCUAUUCCAUCUCAAGAGGAUUGCAUGUACUGGUAUAACUUCCUAGCAUAUCACAUGGCUGGUGCCAACAUGCAGAAGGAACUCCGUGAGCUUAUGUUUUCUCUAGAUUGGAUUAAAGCUAAAACAGAAUUGGUAGGGCCUGCUCAUCUGAUUCAUGAAUAUGUGGAAUAUAGUUCAGUCCUGGAUCAAAAGGAUAGCAUAGUACGUGAGAAUUUCCAAGAAUUUCUGUCUUUAAAUGGACACCUUCUUGGGCGACAGCCAUUUCCUGACAUUAUACAGCUGGGUCUUUGUCAACCAGACACAUCAGAGGUAUAUCAACAAGCCAAGCUACGUGCUCAGAGUGAAACAGGAGCAUUUUAUUUGGAAUGGAUAAAUAAAAAAUCCUUGAAAAACCUCUCCCGUCUGGUUGUUCGUCCACAUAAAGAUGCGGUUUACCAUGCCUGCUUUUCUCAGGACAGACAAAGAAUAGCAUCAUGUGGAGCUGAUAAAACACUUCAGGUGUUUAAAACAGAAAGUGGAGAGAUGCUGCUGGAAAUAACUGCUCAUGAAGAUGAAAUACUCUGUUGUGCGUUCUCUGCAGAUGAUAAGUAUGUAGCAACUUGUUCAGCUGAUAAAAAAGUGAAGAUCUGGAAUUCAAGAACAGGCAAGUGUAUGCACAUAUUUGAAGAACACACAGAGCAGGUCAAUUGCUGCCAGUUCAAUAACAGAAGUGGUCAGUAUCUUUUAGCCACGUGCUCAAAUGAUACUUUCAUCAAACUUUGGGAUCUGAAGGGAAAGUAUUGUAGAAAUACGAUGUUUGGUCAUGUAAAUUCUGUCAAUCACUGUAGAUUUUCGCCAAAUGAUGAAUAUGUUGCCAGCUGCUCAACAGAUGGAACAGUAAAGCUUUGGGAAGCACGCUCAGCAAAUGAACUGAAAACUAUUGAGAUAAAAGAUUUCUUCCAAAAUGCAGAUGAGCAAGAUGAUGUGGAGGUCUUAGUAAAAUGUUGCUCUUGGUCCAGAAAUAGUGACAUGAUUUUGGCCGUUGCCAAAAAUAAACUCUUGCUUUUUGAUGUUAAAACAAGUGAUUUGUUAACGCAAGUCAUCGUAAGUCAUCACAGUACAAUCCAAUAUUGUGACUUCUGUGCUGGUGAUGAGUUAGUAGCAGUUGCUUUGUCUCAUUGUUCUGUUGAGUUAUGGAAUAUUAAAUCCUUAUCAAAAGUAGCAGAUUGCAGGGGACACAUGAGCUGGGUUCACUGUGUGACAUUUUCCCCAGAUGGAUCUCUGUUUCUGACAUCCUCUGAUGACCAGACAAUACGAAUUUGGGAAACAAACAAGGUGUGCAAGUCUUCUGAUGCUGAGCUAAAAAGUGAACUAGAUGCUGUAUUUCACAACGGUGAAGUAAUGAUUUUAGCAAUUUACAAUCAGAAGCAUAUACAACUCAUUAAUGGAAAUACAGACAACAUUAUUAUGCAGACAGAACCUCAGGAAUCCCUUAUUUGCUGCUGUUGCUUAAGUGAAGAUCUAAAAUUUGCAGCAGUUGGACAGGAGAAUGGAACAGUAAAGGUAUUACAGUUGUUGGAUGGGAAAGUUCUGAAAUGCCGGGCGGCCUACAAGACAUCCGUGCAGCAUUGUCGAUUUACCUCUGAUUGUCAGACUCUGAUUUCAAGUGCUCAUGAUGCAGUCAUACAGGUAUGGAAUUGGCAGUUGAAUGAAUGUGUGUUUCUAAGAGGGCACAAGGAAGCUAUCAAGGACUUUAGACUUCUGGAAAAUUCAAAACUUCUUUCUUGGUCAUUUGAUGGAACAGUUAAGGUUUGGAAUAUCAUCACUGGAAAGACAGAAAAAGAUUUUGCUUGCCAUGGAGGUGCUGUUCUUUCCUGUGCUGUUUCGCCUGAUGGUAGUAAGUUUGCAUCUACUUCUGCUGACAAAACUGCAAAGAUAUGGAGCUUUGAAAGUUCAUGUGUUCUUCAUGAGCUGAAAGGUCAUGAAGCCUGUGUGCGGUGCUGUACUUUCUCUCCUAAUAACAAAUUACUAGCCACUGGGGAUGACAAAGGAGAUAUAAGGAUUUGGGACAUUUUAACAGGUGGAUUACUUCACUUCUGCUCCCUAGUUACUGUAGAUGAAGGAGAACCAACACACGGUGGCUGGGUAACCGACCUCUCAUUUUCUUCUGACAGUAAGAUGCUUGUGUCAUCUGGAGGCUAUCUUAAGUGGUGGAAUGUAACUACUGGAGAAUCCUUGCAAACGUUCUACACAAAUGGAACUAACCUUAAGUCAAUACAUGUGUCCCCUGAUUUCAAAGUGUAUGUGACUGUUGAUAAUCUUGGUAUUCUGUAUGUAUUACAGAAAUUGUGAUUAAUGGGCUGAACAUUGCAGAGAUUCAUUCAUUUUUUUUGAACUGGAAACAAGAUUCUGCUAAUUUUUUGUCUCUCGUUAAACUGUGAAUUGUAUAGCAGUGUUGCAUUCAUGAUGUUUUCAUGCAUAUUUAUGUACAUUUAUGCACGUUUUGGCAAAUCAAUUUGCAUUUAAUUUUGUUUUUAAUAAGCAUUAUUAUAAUAUUUAAGUCCUGAUUUGCAUCUUAAGUAUAUUGCUUCCAACUUUGUAACAAAAUUUUAUUAAGAUUUAUUCAAAUUAGGUGAAGUUAAUAAAAGUUGGUAAAAAAAAAAAAAAAGAAGAAUAUAAUAGGAAAUGUAUUUUGUGCUAAGGCUGAUGGUUAAAUGCUCUCUAGUCAUGGACACAACUGUAAGAUAAGAAAAAAAAGUUGCCUAUGAUGCGAGGUUUUUUGUUUACAACAGAAUAGAAAGAAUUGGAGACAUUCUUCAUUUGAAAAAUGAAACCAGAUAUUUUGGUGCUUCAAGUUCAAAACAAAUCAAGUAGCUGUUCAGUUUACAGUAGCAUUGCUUCCCUCUUUCAGUGAGAACUUUCAUGCUUCUAACCUUGUGGAGAUAAAAGUGCAUUGUAACAUCUACGAGCUAUUUCUUGUUAAGGAGGACAUCUUGAGUUCUGUUUUCUCAAGGCAAAAUCUGAAGGGAUAUUAGAAGUGAAGUGGAAGAGAUUGUGCCACGUCUCCAUUCAAAGGAUGAACAGAACCAACCAGCUAAACUGAAAAACACUAGAAAGUGUGAAUUUUGGUUAUUUUUCCUUUUGAAAUUACCAUUUAGUUAAUCACUUUAUGCAAUGGAGACAUUUCAUUGUUGCCAGCUUUGUUUACAUCGCAUUGUUUGUGCAGGGAUCUCUUUCCUGGUAAUAUGUGAUUUUUUUAUUUUUAUUUUGUACAAUCUAUUUAUAGAUUCUAUAUGGGCUAGAAUCUUUGACAUUUGGUACUUAAUUGUACUUGGCAUAUCUUCUGUGAAUAAUUAGUUACCUUUUCUUCUUAGGUGACAGUAAGCCUUGUUCUAAUAAGUUGCCUCUCAACUACUAUGAUCAACUGCACAAGCAUUAGUGUCAUAAUUUUCAUAUUUUUGUUGUUGGCAGUAGAACACUUCAUCUAAAUACUUGAUUGCCAAAGGUACAUUAGUAAGUGUGUAUCAAGUGAUAAUAAAUAGUGAAAUUCUCACUUUUAGUAAUUUUUGUAUGCAUUACAGGAGAUUUAAUAUACAUCUUUAAUAUUUGCCUGUUUUUGACAAUCACUUUUUUCCUCUUUUCUAACUUGAAAUUCCACUGUUUCUAAGGUGCUAUUGAAUACGGGUCAGGGUAAUUAAAGUACUGCUGGCAGAAAUGUAAAGAGAAAAAAUUUGAUAGAAAAAAAUGUAAUGUUUUGUAUUCUAAGUAAGUACAGCAUUCAAUAAAGAUAAUCGAAGUAAUGUUGGCUGAAAUUAUGAAUGAA